GUAGGGGGAUAUAAAGGGCCGAACGAUGGGAAUGGGACAGAUUCACCAAGGAGGAAAGGAACGUUCGGACAGACAUCAGCGGAUGAAACAGGAACAUGCCUGAACCCAAGACACCAGCCCCCAAGACGGAGGAAGCAGCGCCUCCUGCUGAGCAAGCGCCUGGUCAACUGUCAGAAAUAACCGGCCUCUUCGUGGAGAAACCGCAGAGCGCAACGGCAACCAAAGGGAAGGACGUAACGUUCGUGGCGAAGGUCGACUCGUCCACCCUGCUGAGGAAACCUGUGGUGAAGUGGCUGAAAGGGAAGUGGCUUGAUCUGGGAAGCAAAGCUGGGAAGCACCUGAAGUUUAAAGAAACCUACGACAGAAACACCAAGAUCUACACGUAUGAGCUGACCAUCGUGAAGGUGGUGGACGGAGACGCGGGAGGCUAUCGCUGCGAGGUCACGUUCAAGGACAAGUGCGAUAGCUGCGCGUUUGACGUCACUGUUCAAGCUGCAGAGGAACAAGCACAAACCAACAUCCUGGAGGCCUUCAAACGAUCGGGCGACGCCGGAGAAGAUGCCGGAGAUCUGGACUUCAGUGCUCUUCUCAAGAAAAGGGAGCGUAAGAAGGAGGAGCAGCAGGAGGAGGUGGACGUCUGGGAGAUCUUGAAAAAGGCGAAACCCUGCGACUAUGAGAAGAUCGCCUUUCAGUACGGUAUCACGGAUCUGAGGGGGAUGCUCAAACUGCUGAAAAAGAUGAAGAAGGUGGAGCCCAAAAAGAGCGACGCCUUCUUGAGAAAGUUGGAACCGGCGUACUCGGUGGAAAAAGGGAAGAGGAUCCAGAUGUCGGUGGAACUGGCGGAUCCUAACGCGCAGGUCAAGUGGCUAAAGAACGGCCAGGAGAUCAAACCCUCGGCUAAGUACGUGUUCGAAAGCGUGGGCGGCGUCCGGAAACUCACCAUCAACAAGUGCACGCUGUCGGACAACGCCGAGUACGAGUGUGUGGUCGGAGAGGAGAAGAGUUUCACCGAGGUCUUCGUACAAGAACCUCCGGUCACCAUCACCAAGCUGCUGGACGACGUCCACGUGGUGGUGGGGGAAAAAGUCGAGUUCGAGGUGGAGGUGUCCGAGGAAGGAGCCAGCGUGAAGUGGAUGAAGGACGGCGAGGAGCUGACUCGGGACUCGGGAAAGUAUCGCUUCAAGAAGGAGGGGACGAAGCACUCUUUGGUCAUCAACGAGGCCACUAAGGAGGACAUCGGGACGUACUACGUUUACACCAGCGGGGGGCAGUCUAAGGGAGAUCUGGAUGUCGAAGACAAGGAGCUGGAGGUGCUGCAGAGUAUCUCCGACCUGACGCUGAAGGCCGCCGAGCAGGCCGUGUUCAAAUGCGAGGUUUCCGACGAUAAAGUCACCGGCAAGUGGUUUAAGGACGGCGUGGAGGUCGAACCCAGCGACCGCAUCAAAAUGUCUCAUAUCGGCAGGAUACACAAGCUGACGAUUGACGACGUGAAGCCGGAGGAUGCCGGAGAUUACACCUUCGUCCCCGACGGAUACGCGCUCUCCCUGUCGGCCAAGCUGAACUUUUUAGAAAUCAAGAUUGAUUAUGUUCCUCGUCAGGAUCCUCCCAAAAUCCACCUGGACACCACGGGCAGCCUGGUCAACAAGAACACCAUCAUUGUGGUGGCCGGUAACAAGCUGCGCCUGGACGUGGAGAUCACAGGAGAUCCGGCUCCCACCGUCUGCUGGAAGAAAGGCGAUGAUGAGAUCUCUGCGGCCGAGGGCCGGGUCCGGGUGGAGAGCAGGACCAACCUGAGCAGCUUCGUGAUCGAGGGGGCAGAAAGAGGGGACGAGGGGCUUUACACCAUCACCGUCACCAACCCUGCCGGAGAGGACGAGGCUAAGCUCAUGGUCAAGAUCGUAGACGUCCCCGACCCCCCGGAGAACGUGUACUGUAGCGGAGUGGGUGAGGAUAUGGCCACCAUCCUCUGGGACCCUCCGAAAUUCGACGGUGGAGCGCCGCUUAAAGGUUACCUGCUGGAGAGGAGGAAGAAGGGCUCAGACAGGUGGACCAAACUCAACUUUGACGUCUAUGAGUCCACCACGUACGAAGCCAAGAAGAUGAUCGAGGGUGUGGUGUACGAGAUGAGGGCGUUUGCCGUUAACGGGAUCGGCGUCUCUCAGCCCAGCGCCACCUCCAGACCCUUCAUGCCCAUCGCCCCGACGAGCGAGCCGACCCGGCUGACGGUCGAUGACAUCACGGACGGCACGUGCGCUCUGAAGUGGCGGCCGCCGGAAAAAGUCGGGGCGGGGGGCGUGGACGGGUACAUCAUCGAGUACUGCAUCGAAGGAGGUACCGAGUGGGUGCAGGCCAACGAGACCCCCGUGGAUAAAAACUCGUACCGUGUUCGGGGGCUGCAGGUCGGAGAGAAGUACCUGUUCAGGGUGAAGGCGGUGAACAUCGCGGGUCACAGCCCUCCGGCCGAGAUCAAACAGGGGGUCACCAUCAGAGAGAUCACAGAAAACCCCAAGAUCCGCCUCCCUCGGCAGCUGAGGACUAAGUUUAUCAGGAAGGUGGGCGAGAAGGUGAACCUCGUCAUUCCCUUCCAGGGAAAGCCUCGCCCCAUGGUGACGUGGUUGAAGGACGACGCUCCUCUGGACCCCAAGCUGGUCAACAUCCGCACCAGCGAUGUGGACACCAUCUUGUUCAUCAGGUCCUCCACCAGGGAGCACUCGGGCCAGUACACGCUGUCAGUACAGAUCGAGAACAUGGAGGACAAAGCCACCAUCCAGAUCCAGAUCGUAGAGAAGCCUGGGCCACCCGUUGCCAUCACUGUGACCGACGUUUGGGGUUUUAACGCCGCUCUGGAAUGGAAGCCGCCCAAAGACGACGGCAACACCGAGAUCACCGGGUACACCAUACAGAAAGCCGACAUGAAGACCAAGGAGUGGUUCACCGUGUACGAGCACAACCGCAGACCCAGCUGCACCGUGUCUGAUCUGGUGAUGGGGAACGAGUACUCGUUUCGGGUGUUCAGCGAGAACAUCUGCGGCCUGAGCGAGGAGGCGGGAGUCAGCAAGAACACCGCCAUCAUCACCAAAACAGGUCUGCAGCACAAGCAGAGGCCGUACCAGGAGCGGGACAUGACCAGCUCCCCCAAAUUCAUCACGCCCCUCGUCAACAGAUGCGUCAUCGCAGGCUACAGCGCCGCCAUCAGCUGUGCCGUCCGUGGCUCCCCCAAACCUAAGAUCACCUGGAUGAAGAAUAAGAUGGUGAUCGGUGCAGAUCCCAAGUUCAUCAUGCAGAAUAACCAGGGCGUUCUCACCCUGAACAUCCGUAAGCCGAGUCUGUUCGACGGGGGGAUGUACACGUGCAGGGCCGUCAACGACCUGGGGGUGGACGAGGUGGAGUGCAAACUGGAGGUCAGAGUUUUGAUGGAGAAAGACGAUGCAAAGAAAACUAAAAAAUAACAUCAGAACAGAACUGAAGGGAACAGAACAGAGAGGAAUGAGACGGAUGGAAUAAUGGAGAGGAAUAAAUACGAUUUAAUUUAGUCUUAAUCUCGGUCUGUUUGAAGCAGCAAUUAGUGAAUAAUUCUCAGCUCAGUAUUGAACAUAAUCAGAUGUAAGAGACACGUAGUUUUAGGGCAGUUUUAGAUUUUAAUUAUUUUUAACAUCUGUUGUGACUGAAUGAGGCACAUUUACCAACACAUAAUCCAAAAUCUACAAUCAGCAACUAUUUAAUGUAGAGAGUUUAUUUUAAUUCUGUAUUACGGCCUCCUAAAUCCUGACUGGUGGAUAUAAUUGACUGUAGCUACUGACUGCUGACUUGUUUUGCCCAAAUAAAAAGGUCUAGUUUGCCUGCACCUAUUAAAAA